AUGUCCAACCCUCUGCAUCAGCGUCACCAAUGGAUGAUUCAAUGCCUGGCUGAUUGCUUUGAGAUGAGCGACCUCAUUAUGGAAGACUGGUUCCGAGACCGAGAAAGAUACCAAGUCAUCAACAACUUCCUUAAAGGGGCCGGCCCUCCGAAGCUACUAUUCUACCGUCAGACCAACGACAUCCCUACAGGCCAAGACGAAUACGUAGAGUCCUCAGAAGAGCUGCACCUUUUCCUCACUUAUGGCGACACAGUCAGGAUUAAGUCAAAAGGCGCCUUUUUCUACCGCACUCUUCCAGAAGGCAAAGCAGUCAACACCAACGCUUAUAAUGAUACUGAAGUCAUGUUCGGUGAAAUUGGUGCCAAUCCGAUCUCUUCUCUUGAUACCAUCAUAUCAGGAGCGUUUGUGCCCAUGGUCAAUGCCAUGGAUGAGGCAGACUGGGGAGAUUGUGAUAAGGAACAAAGGCUAGAGCUGACCUCAGGAUUAGCCAAAUUUGCCAGUGAGCUUGGUUGUUAAAAAAAAACUGGUAGGCUUUUUCAUACAGCUUUUUCCUAUUAAUAGUGAAAUAACUAUUUUUCAAAAAUCCCUAUAAUAAAUUUAGUUUUUUUAAAAAAUCAUGCACAAAAAACCAAUAGGAUGCUUUUUCUGUAAAAACUACACUUUUUAGUCAUUUUUGGCAACAAAAAAGCUAGGAAAAAAACCUAUUAAUUUCUUUUAAGGUCAACUCCAGUGAGCUAGGAGAAGCCAUAAAAAGCAUGUCAGGAGGAGUAAGGCUGAGAAAACCAGACAAAGAAUAUGAGGUUGAAAAUAUCAGUGAAAAAUUGAGGGAAGCUGCUGAUAAUGAAGUCCUAGUGUCUUAUUAUGAAAAACUAUUGGACGAAUGGAUUCAACAGAUAGAAGCAUAUGUAGAAGAAAGCACUGAAAGCAGGUGGGAAAGCAAUGAAGCAGGGCCACAUACAGAAUUAGAAUACUGGAGAAGCAGAAACCAGAAAUUGACCAGCAUCAAUGAACAGACCAGGACCAAAGAAGUGAAAAAUGUACAGUCAGUGCUACAUAUGGCUAAUAAGACUUCUGGAGAGCACCAAAGCAGGUCUAAAGAAAAUAUCCCAAUGCUGCUUACUCCCCUCCCCUUUGGCUAUUGUUUUUCAAAAUAAUUUAUAUUGAAUUAUAAAAACAUAUUAAAUUAAUAUAGCUCAUACCCCUUUAUAGAUUUCUUUAUCGAGCAAAAUGUACUGGAUUAUUGAACGACCAAGAGAGACUCUAUUAAAGGAACGGGCUGGGAUAUCUAUAUCAGGAAGUGCUAAAAAGUGACAUGUCAAAAAAUGGUGACAAGUCAGAAAAAGUUGACAAGUAAACGCGCCAAUUUUUAAAAUGGAUUUAUUAUUAAAAUAAUUUAAAACUUAAGAUACUCAAUUAGACAGAAGAUAUAAUUACACAUUAUAUAUUGGCUUUAAAUAUUUUGAUUUAUAUAUAUUUAAAUUUAAUAAUAGCUGUGAAAAUCAAAAACUUGCAACUCAAUGUGCAUUUUUCCGCUCGAUAGAAUUUCUUUAUUUUAUGCUAAUUUAUUUAUGAAGACUAGAGCUAUAAUUUGCAAAGUGCGUGGCUUGUGUAUCUCAAUAUAUAAGAAGUUCUUAUCGACUAAGAUGAGAAGUACUUACUCCCCCCCCCCCCCUCCGUGAGCGAACAAAAAAAUUUUGUUCGCUCACGGAGGGGGGUUAAUUUUUUUUUUUUAAAAAAAAUUUAUAUAUAUAAAUUUUAUAAAAAAUAUUUUUUUUUCGAAAUUUAAAAAAAUCCUAAUUUGCAAAAAUUGGGAAGCAAAUAUUAAUUUAAUUUGCAAAAUUUAUGUUUUAAAACGCAAUUUGUUUAAAAUUAAACAGAAUUAGCUCUAGAUUUCAUUAUACUAAUUAUCACUUAUAUAUCCAAAUUUUUUUCCAUUAAAAUUUUUUCUAUUAAAAAAAUUUUUGUUCACUCACGGAGGGUGGGUUUUUGGUCAAAAAAUGGCGAUUUUUCUAAUGGUUUUGUUCGCUCACGGAGGGGGGGGGGGGAGUUAGCAAAAAUUUAAUAUGGCUUGUAAGUGAAAAUCAAAAACUUGCAACUCAAUGUGCAUUUUUCCGGCUCGAUAGAAUUUUUUUAUUUUAUGCUAAUUUAUUUAUGAAGACUAGAGCUACAAUUUGCAAAGUGCGUGUCUUGUGAUUUUAAAUAUAUGCAAAGUUCUUAUCGACUCAUAUGGGAAGUACUUAGCAUAAUUAAAUAUUGAUUAAAAUUAAAAUAUCUUAAGUUUUAAAUUAUUUUAAUAAUAAAUCCAUUUUAAAAAUUGGCGCGUUUACUUGUCAACUUUUUUCAGACUUGUCACCAUUUUUUGGCAUGUCACUUUUUAGCACUUCCUGAUAUAGAUAUCCAGCCCGUUCCUUAAUAGAGUCUCUCUUGGUCGUUCAAUAAUCCAGUACAUUUUGCUCGAUAAAGAAAUCUAUAAAGGGGUAUGAGCUAUAUCCAUAUAAAAUAUAUUUUUCGGAUUUUAAAACUAAAUUUACAAUAUUUAAAUUGAGUUAUCUCAUUUAAUUUAUUACUAUACAAGCAAUUUUGCAAGUUGGAGAUCUCAUUGCUAUAAUCAUUAAUUAUAUAUCAGAAUAUUUUAUACAAAAAUGUUUAUAUUAAAUUUGUUUGUUUCUAACCAGGGGAAGCUAGUAGAUGGAAAAACGUAGAUAUAAAGAUCACUGAAGCUUUAAAUGAAGCCAAAGAUAAUGUGAAAUAUUUGACGACACUUGAGAAAUUCAUAGAGCCACUCUACACAGGGACUCCACAGACUAUCAUUGACAGCUUGCCAGCACUCAUGAACUCAGUCAAAAUGAUCCACACCAUUGCAAGAUAUUACAACACCACUGAAAAAAUGACCCAACUUUUCAUGAAAAUUACAAACCAAAUGAUAAAUACUUGCAAGAAAACUAUUUUACAAGGAAAACCAGUCGACAAACUUUGGCUGAGAGACCCUGACGAACUGAUCGAAACCAUGCAAAACUGCAUCAAGCUGAAAGAAGCUUACCAAGCUCAAUACGAGCUUACUAAAGAAAAACUCCAGGCGAUGCCGAAAGGAAAACAAUUUGAUUUCAGCAAAAACCAAAUUUUUGGAAAAUUCGACUUGUUCUGCAGAAGACUUUCCAAACUUAUUGACCUUUUCACCAUUGUGCGCCAGUUCAGGUCUUUAGCAAAACAUAAGUUUGAAGACAUGGACAAGCUACUUCAAGACUUCAAUAACUUGAUUGAAGAGUUUAAAAACCACAGAUAUGACUUACUGGAUUACUCACAUAACCAUUUUGAUAGAAGAUUCGUUGAAUUCAACGUAGGAGUUAGCAAACUAGAGCAAGACUUGCAAGGCUAUAUUAAUAAAAGCUUUGAAAAAAUCGCUAGCAUUGAUCAUGCACUUAAUUUGUUGAAAAAGUUUGAGACGAUUCUGAAAAGAGGAAGUCUGCAGACUGAGCUUAAUAAUAAGUACAACAUCAUUUUCCACAACUACGGAAUGGAAAUGAAUGAAAUCAAGACCCAAUACAACCAGUUCAAAUCCGCCCCUCCACUUGUCAGAAACAUGCCCACAGUUGCUGGGAACAUUCUCUGGGCCAGACAUCUUUUCCACAGAAUCCAAGCCCCAAUGGAGAAAUUCCCCAAUAUGAUCAAGACCGGAAAAGAACACAGGUCAUAUAUAACUCUUUACAACAGAAUUGGACAAACCUUAACCCUAUUCGAGUAUAUGUACUUGCGAGCCUGGUGUGACGAAAUCGAAAGAAGCAAAACAGGCCUCCACGCUCUGUUACUUUGGCCAAGCGAAGACAAAAAGCUCUAUGUAAACCUUGACGACGAAAUUUUCCAACUUAUCAGAGAAGCUAAAUGCUUACUCCCCCCAUCCUUGAUCGAACGAUUCACUGUAAAAAUUUUUAAAAAUUGGGAAAAUUAACCCCCCAUGCUUGAUCGAAUGAUUUUCAUAACAUGCAAAUUUUUAUAUUAGUUAUCAAAAGCUUGGGAAGAUGUGCCUAAUGAAGUUGCUGUCAGAAGCUUUGAGACGACAGGAAGCUACGGAAUCAACUAUCCGAAGUGCUUAGUCAUCAAUCUGGGUUUAAAAACUCAAUAAUCUAAAAAUAGAGAUUCUUUAAAAUUUUUAAUUCAAUAAAGGAACAAAUUAAAAUUUAUACAGUUUAAAGGGGUAACCAAAAAAUCAAAAUAUUAAAAAUUUGUAUUUUUAUGAAAUUAAUUCAAUUUUUUUGCUGUAAAAAUAAUUAUUAAAUACUCUUAACCCUCUUAUUUAAAAAUAUAUAAGAAAAAAAUAAAUUUUUAUUUUCUAUUUAAUUUUUUUUUAAACCCAUCCUUGACCGAACGAUGGCGAGCCGUUCGAUCAAGGAUGGGUGGGAGUUAGAUAGGAUGGGCGUCGAAAUCCCUGAAAGUGCCAGAAUUGUACUACUCCAAGAAGAAAAAAUCAAGCAUUACUAUAGCGAGCUUGACUAUUUGCUUAAAGAAUAUGAAAGAGUGCUAGGCAAAAUCAGGCCGAUCACUAAAACACUGCUAGGCCCUCAUUUGGAAGAUUUAGAGUAUAAGCUCAGGCCUGGGAUCGUCACUUUGACCUGGACCUCUAUGAAUAUUGACGGAUACCUUCACCACGUCCACUCCGGCCUUCAAAAAUUAGAACAGUUGAUUAUCAGCAUUAACGACAUCAUAGAAAACAGAGUAGAAAACAACCUAAAAGCGAUCAGCAAAGUUAUACUAGUCGAAAUGCCAGAAAACAGCAAAACUUUUACCCAGGACGAAUUCGUAGAACUCCAAGGAAACUCAGCGAAAACCCAAACUGAGUUUUUAAUGAGCAAAAAUAUAGAAGUGGAAAGAGCGGUCGACGACUUGCUGCAGACUAUUAAGUCUUACCCACUUGACCAGCAUGUAGAGCCUAUAAACCAAGAUGAAGUCGUAAAGCUCAAGAAAUACUAUAACUGGACUAUGUACCAAGCACUGCUACAUUGCACCAAAAACUCUCUAAAUGCGAUGAAGGAAAGAGUUUGUGGGAAAAAAGCUAGGGGAGCUGCAAUCCCAGCACAGUUGUCGCCGUUCUUUGAAGUCACUGUGCAUCUGGAGUCGAGGUCUGAUGACGUUAAGGUAAAAAUUACGCCUUCUAUUGAAGAUGUCCAGGAACAUAUUAACAGAGCUGCCAUUGCAGUAUUGAAAUGCUCAAAAAGUGUAGUUAACUGGUUCCAACAGGACAAGGCAGAAAAUGAGAAAAAGGACAGCUUUUAUGAUAUGAUUGCUCAGGAUAAAGAAAUCGUCAAAGUCAUUUUGCUCCUGACUGGGUCUAUUCAUGGGACGAAAAAUACAGUCACACAGUAUUUAGAAUCUUUCCAGAGGUUUUCGUGGCUGUGGACACAAGAUCCAGAGAAAAAACUGUCAGAGUUUAAUAAAAAAGACCCUACAUUGGACGAUUUUGAAGAAAAACUUAAAUAUUUCACCUCAGUAGAGCACGAUAUUGAAACUGUCGAAGAUGUUUUCCAGAUCGGUGCCAUGGCUCUCAAAACGAAAGCAAUUGCAGACGGCCUCAAAGAGUACGUCCACCACUGGAAAGCUGUGUUUUCCAAAGACCUUCACAAGCGUGCUAAAAGUAGACUGGAAAACAUCCUACUCCAGCCCCUCCGUGAGCGAUCAAAACCAUUGGAAAAAUCCCCUCUAUGAGUGAAUAAUUUUUAUUUAAAAAUUUAUAUAAAAAAAUAUUUUGAUAUAUUAGCGAUAGUUAUAACGAAAUAUCUAGCUAAUUCUACUAAAUUCAAACGAAUUGCAUUUUAAAGCAUUAAUAUUACAAAUUAAAUUAAUUUUUGUUUUCCAAUUUUUGCAAUUUAAUAUUUUUUAAAUUUCGAAAAAAAAAUUACUACAAAUUUCUAUAUAAUACCCUGUGCGAACGAACAAAAUUUGCUUUGGGUUGCAGAGAGGAUUUAGAGUAUAUCAACCAAACUAAAGCAAAACUCCAAAAAGACGUGACUGGGAUUGACACUUUACGUUAUGUCAUGCACACCUUAAAAGAAGUCAGGCAAAAAGAAGGUGAAAUUGAGUUGGAAUUUAAGCCAAUCAUAGAAAUGUACAACAUUUUAGACAUGUAUCUUGCCACUGGCAUGGAAAAAGAUGAACAAGAUCAUAGACAUAUACUAAAAUCUAAAUGGAAAUCAUUAGUAGAACUAGGUGAACAGAGGCAAAACCAGCUACAAGAAACCCAAAACAGCUUUAAGAAAGAACUCAUAAGAAAUGUCAGCGCUUUGGUCUCUGAUGUAAGGGAUUUCCGAAAAGACUACGAGAGAAAUGGACCAAUGGUCAAAGGAAUUAACCCAGGAGAUGCAGUCGAAAGACUUAGAAGAUUUAAGGAAGAAUACUCAGUCAGAGAAAGAAACUACGAAAUCUACUACGCAGGAGAAGAGCUCUUUGGCCUGCCACAUCAGCCGUACCCAGAACUAGAGCAAACCAAAAAAGAGCUGGGACUACUUACUCAGCUAUAUGACUUAUACGUUCAAGUUAUCAAUACUGUCAACUCUUGGAAAGAAAUGAUAUGGAGCGAUGCCGUUGACAAGCUAACAGACAUGACAGACCAAGUCACUAACUUCGACAAUAUGUGCAAGAAGCUUCCUAGACAGCUAAAGGAAUGGGACGCUUACAAUGAACUCAGGACUGAAAUUGACACCUUUAUCCAAGUUUUACCUUUGCUAGAAGAUUUAAGUAAGCCGUCAAUUAAGCCAAGACAUUGGGAUCAGCUGUCACAGGUAACUGGGCACGAUUUAACACAGAAAAAUGACGAAGUUUUCUAUUUAUCAAAACUCCUCGAAGUAGACCUGCUGAAAUCUAAAGAAGAAAUUGAAGAAAUCAUAGAAUCAGCUGACAAACAGCUGAAAAUUGAAAUUAAACUAGGAGAAAUCAAAGCGAAAUGGACUGUAGAGACCUUUGAUUUUGACACCUUCAGAGGAAGAGACUAUCUUUGUAGACUAGGCGGAAAAGUAUCAGAAAUCAUGGAAGCUCUAGAUGAAGCCCAAGCUGACUUAACGACCAUGAACGCUAUGAAGCAUGUAGCACCGUUCAAGACUGAAGUCGUCAGCUGUCUCAACCUGUAUUCUGAUGUAAGCGAAACCAUUGAUCUCUGGCAAAGAGUCCAAAUUAUGUGGCAAAGCUUAGAGCCUGUCUUCAUGGGAGGUGAUAUUUCUCGACAAAUGCCUACUGAAGCCAGACUGUUCCAGAACACUGACAAAAUGUGGGUAAAAAUCAUGGAAAAAGCAGUAGAAACACAAGUGGUCAUCCCAGCUUGUCAGAAUGAUAUGCUUAAAAACCUGCUGCCAAGCUUAAAAGAGAAACUGGAAACGUGUCAGAAAUCCUUACUCCCCCCCCCCUCCGUGAGCGAACAAAACCAUUAGAAAAAUCGCCAUUUUUUGACCAAAAACCCACCCUCCGUGAGUGAACAAAAAUUUUUUUAAUAGAAAAAAUUUUAAUGGAAAAAAAUUUUGAUAUAUAAGUGAUAAUUAGUAUAAUGAAAUCUAGAGCUAAUUCUGUUUAAUUUUAAACAAAUUGCGUUUUAAAACAUAAAUUUUUGCAAAUUAAAUUAAUAUUUGCUUUCCAAUUUUUGCAAAUUAGGAUUGUUUUAAAUUUCGAAAAAAAUAUUUUUUUAUAAAAUUUAUAUAUAAAUUUUUUUUAAAAAAAAAAAAUUAACCCCCCUCCGUGAGCGAACAAAAUUUUUUUGUUCGCUCACGGAGGGGGGGGGGGGGAGUUAGAUAACUACUUAGAAGCCAAACGAAACAAGUUCGCCAGGUUCUUCUUCGUGUCUGACCCUGUCCUUUUGAGUAUCCUAAGUCAAGGAUCAGAACCUACCUCAAUCCAGACUUUCUUAGAAAACCUGUUUGACGCUAUCACAAGAGUCCAAUUUGACGCCAAAGACCGAAAAUUAAUUACCCAUAUGAUGAGCUCAAUCGGCAAAAACUACGAAUUAAUCGAGCUGUCAGACCCAGUCAAAGCAGAAGGCAACAUAGAAGACUGGCUGAAGAAACUUGAAGACGAAAUGAGAAAGACUGUAAAAGAUAUACUGAGAAACGCCUCACGCGACUGUAUGCAGAUGCAGUACAAAGACUUCGCCCAGAGAUACUGUGCCCAAGCUUCACUUGUAGGACUGCAGCUGCUGUGGACAUAUCACGUAGAAGACUGCUUGUCAAAAGCUAAGGACAGAAAAGUGGCAGACUCUAAAAGAGACAAAAUGACUGAAAUUUGGGACCAAAUCAGAGAUAUGAUUUUGGGAGACUUGCCAAAUGACAUGAUAAGGACUAAAAUUACGACCAUCGUCACUGUGCAUGUGUAUCAAAGAGAUGUCCUUGAUGAGCUAAUUAGCAACUUGGGUAAAGACGCAAGCUCGAAAGGAAACUCUCAAAAUAACUUUGAGUGGCUUAAGAGGACAAGGCAAACCUGGAGAAAUGACACAUUAACUGUUUCAAUUACUGACCAAGACUUUGAGUACCUUUACGAAUAUUUAGGGACUAAGGAAAGGCUGUGCAUUACACCGCUUACGGAUAGGUGCUAUAUUACAUUGGCUCAAGCAUUGGGUAUGAAUUAUGGAGGGGCGCCAGCUGGACCUGCAGGAACAGGCAAAACAGAGACUGUCAAAGAUAUGGGAAGGACACUCGGUGUAUUUGUUGUCGUCACUAACUGCUCCAAUCAGCACAAAUACAAAGACAUGGCCACUAUCUUUAAAGGACUUUGCCAAUCUGGGCUAUGGGGCUGCUUUGACGAGUUCAACAGAAUCUAUCUAGAAGUCCUGUCUGUCGUCGCAAUGCAAGUGGCUGCUAUCAAUAAAGCUAAAAAAUACAGAGAAAAGACCUGUCUUUUCCCUGGAGAAAGCUUGCCAAUCAGUUUAAUCCCUUCUGUAGCUUACUUUAUCACUAUGAACCCUGGCUAUGCCGGCCGUCAAGAACUUCCUGAAAACAUGAAAGUCUUAUUUAGAGGCGUGGCUAUGAUGGUUCCUAACAGAAGAGUCAUCAUUAGAGUCAAACUCGCCGCCCAAGGUUACGAUAAAUACGACCCUCUCUCCAAGAAAUUCACAGUCCUUUAUGCUUUGUGCGAAGAACAGCUUUCUAAACAAAAACAUUACGAUUUCGGACUUAGAAACAUUAACUCAGUACUAAGAAGUGCAGGUAACAUUAAGCGUAACGAAAUGACUGCAGACGAAGAAAUGUUGCUGAUGAGAACUCUCAGAGAUAUGAACUUAUCCAAACUUGUAGCUGAUGAUGUGCCGCUUUUCUUACAGCUACUAAGAGAUAUCUUCCCAGACCAACCAGAGCCACCUAAGCUUCACCAUGGAAAUGUCGAACAAGGCUUAAUCAAAACAAUUCAAGAAUGCGAAAUCAUCAAAAAUGAAGACUGGUUCUUAAAGAUCAUCCAGGUCUAUGAAACUUCACUAGUCAGGCAUGGCUUCAUGAUCGUCGGGCCAACAGGAUCUGGCAAAAGUACCAUCAUCAAUGUUUUAACAACCGUGCUCACCAAUGAAGGGACCUCACAUCGUCUACAAAAAUUGAACCCGAAAGCUAUGACUGCUGAAGAAUUGUAUGGCAGAAAAAUUGAAGUCACUGACGAAUGGGUGCCUGGGGUCUUCAGCAAGCUUUGGCAAAGGUAUAACAACAGAGCUAACAAAUAUAACACUUGGAUUGUCUGUGAUGGACCUGUUGAUACCUUGUGGAUCGAGUCACUGAAUAGUGUCCUUGACGACUCCAAGAUUUUGACCCUUGCAAACAAUGAUAGAAUUCCUAUGACUGAUAACGUAAAACUUGUGUUUGAGGUGGAAAACUUGAAAAACGCCUCCCCAGCUACUGUGUCCCGCUGCGGCAUCAUUUAUCUGUCUGAGUCUGACUUAGGCUGGGAACCUAUAGUCACAGCUUGGUGCAACAACAGAGAAUCUUCCCAAAAAGCCACCACAACUGGCAGAGUCCAAGAAAUGUCGCACAUUAAAAGACUUGUCGGGAAAUAUCUCAAGGAUGAAAAUAUCAUGGUAAACCUUUACAAGACAGGCAAUAAACUGGUUCCAGUCAUGCCUCAGAACUAUGCAGUACAGGUUUCAAACUUAAUUACAUUGCUGACUGUUUUACUAAACCAGUUUUCUGAUGGUGAAUUGCAGCCAGUCCAGUACGAAAGGCUUUUCUUAUACGCAAUGACAUGGACUAUUGGCGCUAUGUUUGAGCCAGAAGACAGGCACAAAUUCCAUCAUUACCUGCUAGGUAUGGGUGCUCCGCUACCUAAUGUAGAAGCUGGCGAAACCUUAUAUGAGUACAAGUUUGAUUCAAACACCAAGAAUUGGGUUAAAUGGGUUGCAGACUCUUGGGAACGACAGCCAGGCCAAGCCUUUGCCCAAUUGCUAAUCCCAACCAUGGACUCUACCAGAGCUGAAUACCUGAUCAAGCUUAUCAUGUCUCUCCCUAAGACCCACGAGCAGAGAAAAGAAGUCUUGCUAGUCGGAGGCGCAGGUACAGCCAAAACUUCGACGAUCUUUAUGUACACCCAAAAACUCCCAGAAAACACCGUCAUGAAGAAGAUGAACUUUUCCUCAGCGACUCUCCCUAAGAUGUUCCAAGACUCCAUUGACUCUGAUUUAGAAAAGAAAACAGGCAGAAACUACUGUCCACCUAACAAUAAAACUUUGCUUGUGUUUAUUGAUGAUAUCAGCAUGCCGUUUGUCAAUGAAUGGGGCGACCAGAUUACACUAGAAAUUGUAAGACAGCUGAUUGAACAGGGCGGGUACUAUUUCUUAGAAAAAGACAAGAUCGGAGAGCUUAAAAAGAUCGAGAACUUGAUCUUUAUAGCUGCCAUGAACCAUCCUGGAGGAGGCAGAAAUGAUAUCCCAAGCAGGCUUAAACGGCACUUCUUCAGCUUCAAUAUGGUCCUACCAUCUAAAGAAUCAGUCGAUAACAUCUAUGGUACUAUCAUCAGAAGUGCUUUUACUACCAAAAACUUUGGAGAAGAUGUCGUCACAAUUGCAAAUAAACUUACUGGAAGCACAAUUACCCUAUGGGAAAGAGUCAAAAAGCGGUUCUUGCCGACUCCUUCGCAGUUCCAUUACUUGUUCAACAUGAGAGAACUUUCAAGAGUCUUCCAAGGGGUCUUUGAAUGCAUCAAAACUAGAGAAGGUAGAGAAGUCAUCAAAAAUGCCAAAAACAUUGGGACCAUUAAGCCGGGCGUUUUCCUUGUAGGACUCUGGAAGCAUGAGUGUCAAAGAGUUUUUGAAGACAAGCUGACGACCUUUGACAAUAAAGAAGAACUCAAAGCCAUGCUUAAAGAUGUCACUGAACAGCACUUUGGAGCUGAAACUGAAGAUCAACUCGGAGAAGGACUCCUUUUCUGUGAUUUCCAAAGGAAAGACAAGUAUAAUGAAGAUGGAGAAUUAGAAGAAGAAGCACCAAAAGUAUACGAAGCCAUUAAGAGUAUACCUGUGAUUGAGAAAAAGAUCACGCAGUUCUUGGAUGCUUAUAAUGAAAACUCCAGAGGCAAAACUAUGAACUUGGUUCUUUUCGAAGACGCUAUAAGACACUUGCUGAGGAUUUCCCGCACCAUACAGAUGGAUAGAGGAAAUAUGCUUCUCGUUGGUGUAGGUGGAUCUGGAAAACAGUCUUUGACCAGAUUGGCUGCGUUUAUAGGCAAACAUAUAACCCAUCAGAUCCAGCUGACCAAGACUUAUAACCAAAACGCGCUUUUCGCUGAUUUAUUGCAGCUUUAUAAAUGGUCAGGCCACGAAGGAAAGAGAACCACUUUUAUUAUGACUGACUCUGAAAUCAAGCAGGAAACUUUCUUGGAGUUCAUCAACUCAAUUCUGUCAACUGGAGAAGUUGCUGGUCUUUUGCCUAAAGAAGACAGAGAAAUUAUUCUUGCUGACAUGAGAACAUAUUAUGGCAAAGAAAAGCCACAAGCUCCUGACCCUACCAACCUUGACCUUUACAAUUACUUUAUAGACAGAGUCAGAGCCAAUUUGCACAUUGUCCUGUGCUUCAGUCCAGUCGGUGACAAGUUCAGAGAAAGGUUCAGAAAAUUCCCAGCCAUCUUCAACGGCUCCACCAUCAAUUGGUUCUUGCCAUGGCCUAAAGAAGCCCUUAUUAGUGUCUCUAAAAGUUUUAUAUCUGACUUCACUAUCCACGCCACCCCAGAAGUCAAAGGCAAUCUAGAAGCCCACAUGGGAAAAGUCCACAACAUGGUUACUGAUGUCUGCACCCUCUAUUAUAACAAGAUGAGAAGGUACGUCUACGUGACACCAAAGUCCUAUCUGUCCUUCAUUUCCUCUUACAAAACCGUCUACCAAAUGAAAGUCGAGGUCCUUGAAGGCCAAGAACGAAGAGUCGCCUUAGGCUUAAACAAGCUAAAACAAGCAGAAGCUGACGUUAAAGAAAUGCAGACCAAGCUAGAACUUGAAAAAGUAAAAAUCCACGAGGCUGAACAAAAGACAGACCAGCUCGUCAAAACGCUUGAUGUCGAAAAAUCCAAAGCACAAAAACAAAGUGACCAAGUCGCCGAAAGAAAAGACCAAUGUGAGCAACAAGCUGCUGAAAUCCGUGUGCAGAGAGAAGAAGCUGACAGAGAGCUCCAAGAAGCCUUGCCUUUCUUGCACAGCGCCAUGAGAGCUGUUGACUCUAUUACCUCUAAAGAUAUCAAUGAAGUCAAAACUAACAAGUCGCCAGUCGAUAUGAUUCGACUUAUUUUUGAUGGUGUGUUGGUCAUUUUAAGUCUUCCAAUUGUCCCAGUCGCAUUUAAACAGAUCAAAGUAAAGAACGUUCUUUAUGACUUCAUACAAGACUCCUUUGAUGAGUCAGCCAAAAGUAUGAUCACUGAUCCGAGGUUCUUGCAGAAACUUAUUGAUUUCUCAGAAAAAGAAAAGGAUAAUAUUAAUGAUGAAACUUGUGAACUGCUGGAACCAUAUUUGAACUUACUCCCCCCCCUCUGUGAGUGAACAAAAAAAUUUUGUUCAUUCACGGAUGGGGGUUAAUUUUUUAUUAUUAAAAAAAUUUAUAUAUAAAUUUUAUAGAAUUUUUUUUUCGAAAUUUAAAAAAAUCUCACUUCUAUAAAAAUUGAAAGCAAAUAUUAAUCUAAUUUGUAAAAAUUUAUGUUUUAAAACGCAAUUUGUUUAAAAUUAAGCAGAAUUAGCUCGAGAUUUUAUCAUACUAAUAAUCUUAUCUUAUAGAAUUUAUAUCGCUUAACGUCCACUACGGGGUUACAACUCCAGGUUUAUCACUCGCCUUUCGUCGCAUCGGGCCCACCAGCCUGCUGGAGACAAACUCGCUUCGAUCACCAAGGUGCUUCUAGGGCAAAUGUCCACGUCUUCGACGGCUCAUGGAUGAGCUACUUGCUUGUACAUGGGUUGCUUUUCCGAAAAACCCAAAAAAUGGAUUUUUCUGGUCGGCUAUCGGCAAAAAGGAAAAAUGCAAAACCUGGGACGUAACGCCCAGUUUCACGCUAGGGAGUUGCCCGAAUGGUCCAGAGGACUUUGCUGGGCUUCCCCUUUCCAACCCUGCACCUUCCUUCCCCACGAGGAAAAAUCCACCCCUGAGAAUAGACUAGGGCUAGGCUCUGAAAGCUACCAGAAUUGCUUACCUAGCAUUUGCUGUCCAUCUCUGAAAUGGUAAAACCUUGCCGGAUAUAAUUAAAAUAUGAGUCGAGGCUGCAUGGCCGGGAGGCCAUGCCUAGACGAAGACGCCAUAUUUUAAUUAUAUCAUACUAAUAAUCACUUAUAUAUCAAAAAUGUUUUCCAUAAAAAAUUUUUCUACUCAAGAGGUGGGUUUUUGGGCAAAAAAUAAGGAUUUUUUCUAAUGUUUUUGUUCACUCAUUGAGGGGGGGAGUUAGAAGUCUUUAAUGCAGCUGCGGCCAAAUCAGCUAGUGCAGCUGCUGAAGGGCUGUGCAUUUGGGUCAGGGCUAUGACUCAGUAUCAUGAAGCUUCUAAAAUUGUGAAACCAAAGAUGGACUAUUUGACUGUGCAGAACCAAAGAUUAGAAGCGGCUAUGACUGAACUGGCAGCUGCAGAAGCAGAGCUGAAAGAAGCCCAAGACAAGCUGGCUAAGCUGCAGGACAACUAUAAUACAGAACUCGGCAAAAAGAAAGCUCUCGAGGAAAAUAUGAAUAAGCUGAAGAGAAAAACUGACCAAGCUAAUAAGCUUAUUUCAGGACUUACUGAUGAAAAAGCUAGGUGGACUGAAGACUCAAAAGGAUUCGCAGACUUGAAGAAAAGGCUAGUUGGAGAUGUCGCAGUCUCUACCGCAUUCAUGUCUUACUGUGGACCUUUUAACUCUGAGUUUAGGACAAUGAUGAUGAAGGACUAUUUCAUUCAGGAUCUCAACUCUAGCCAAAUCCCAGUCUCCAACAAUCUCGAUUUAACUUCUUUCUUACUCAUUCCUUUUAAUAAGUAAAAUGCACAAAUUUUUUUUAAUUAAAAAUAAUUAAAGCAAUUUUUUUAAAUAUAUUAAAGCAAUUUUUUUUGAAUAUAUUUAAAUAUGCUAUACUUAUUUUGACUCUUCCUAUUUCUGCAUAAUUUAAAGAUAUAUAAAAUGGAAGAAGUUAGUAGAAAAAACUACAGUCUCAGAAUGAAACUUGCAAGGUCUUCCAAAAGAUGAUCUAAGCACGCAAAAUGGCAUCAUGGUUACCAGAGCUAGCAGAUUCCCAUUGAUGAUUGACCCUCAAGGCCAAGCUUACAAAUGGAUCCUCAGCAAAGAAGGCGUAAACCUUUCAAUCUGCACACAAACUGGCAAAUUUAUGGAUCAGGUCCGCAACUGCUUGGAAAAUGGUAGGUCUUUACUAAUCGAAAAUAUUGAAAACGAAGUUGACCCAGAGCUUGACCCACUUCUUGAAAAACAAAUCAUUGUAAAAAAUAAGAAAAAAUACGUCACUUUAUCAGGACAAAGCAUCGAGUGGGACGAUGAGUUCAAACUUUUCAUGACUUCUAGGCUUGGAAAUCCUCACUUCUCGCCUGAGCUUGCUGCUAAAACUACCAUCAUUGAUUUCACUGUCACUAUUAGUGGGCUUGAGCAACAACUUCUAGGAAGAGUCCUCAGCAAAGAACAGAGGUCACUAGAAGAAUCAUUGCAGCAGCUGCUUGAAGAAGUCACCGCAAACGCUAAAUCCCUUGAACAAUAUAACAAAAACCUGUUAGAAAGGCUGACCAAUACCGAAGGAAACCUUAUUGACGAUACUGAGCUUAUAGAGGUCUUAAACAACACCAAAGCCAAAGCUAAAGAAGUCCAGGUGAAACUUGACGAGGCCCAAGAAAAGCAGAUCGAUAUCAACGAGAAAAGAGAAAUUUACAGGCCAGUGGCCACCAGAGGCUCCUUAUUGUACUUCAGCAUUGUCGAAAUGAGUACAGUCAACUGGAUGUACAACACCUCCCUCAACCAAUUUUUGCAGAAAUUCGACGAAAGUAUCGACAUCGCUGAAAAAGCCAGCACAAACCAGGACAGAGUCAAAAAUAUCACCAAUAAGCUCACCUAUGUCGCCUACCGAUACGUUAACAGAGGUCUCUUUGAAAAGGACAAGCUGACCUUCCUACUUAUGAUUUGUCUGAAAAUCUUAGUCAUCGGUGGCAAACUCACACAGACUGAUGUAGAUUUGCUGCUGAAAGGUGGUAAAGCUCUUGAUAAAAACGCAAUUCCUCCUAAUAAGAGCUCUGAUUUAUUCGAUAUUGAUGUGUGGAAAAACGUCAUUGCGCUGUCUAAACAUUACUAUGGAAAAGAGCACUUGUGCAUUUUCAGCGAUCUGCCUCAGGAUAUUGAAGAAAGGAAAAAUGAGUGGAAAGCUUGGUUUGACGAUAACACUCCUGAAAAACGACCAGUGCCGAAAUAUAGAGAAACAAUAGAGUCUGAACAAGGCAUAGGCAAAUUCAUACACUUUACUUUGGUAAGGUCUUUAAGAGAAGACAGAACCGGCAUGUGUGCUAUUGACUUUAUUGAAAGCAUGCUAGGGAGAGACUUUGUGGUGCCUGUAGCUGAUAGCAUUGAAGAGAUCUUAGAAGAAAGUACUUGCAGAGUACCCAUCUUGUACUUGCUGUCCCCGGGUGCAGAUCCUACCAACAAAAUAGAAGAUCUAGCCAAAAAGAAGCGCAAGCAUAACAUUGAAAAAGUGUCUAUGGGUGAAGGACAAGACGUGAUUGCAUUAGAAGCUAUGAAAGCAAGCUUUUUCAAUGGAAGCUGGGUCAUCUUAUACAACUGUCACUUGGGCUUAGAAUUCAUGGCAAGAAUGGAAACUUUACUAGGCAAAGGAGAAGAAAUUGACCCCGACUUCAGACUUUGGCUUACUUGUGAGCCUAGAGCUAAUUUCCCUAUAGGACUGCUGCAAAUGGCUAUCAAAGCUACUGAUGAGCCUCCUAAAGGUCUUAAAGCUGGCCUUACCAGGACUUUUUCAACCACCAUUGAUGGAGACUUCUUAGAACGCCACGACACUGACAAAUGGAGAAAAAUAACCUACGCCAUUUGCUUCCUGCAUUCUGUCAUCAUUGAAAGAAGAAAAUUCGGUCCAUUAGGUUGGUGCAUCCCUUACGAGUUCAACACUUCUGAUCUUGAAGCCUCUCUAACUUUCUUAGACCGCCACGUCAAUCAAAAAGAGGCCCAAAACAGCCAGCCAGACUGGGACAUUGUCAGAUUUAUGGUCUGCGACAUCCAAUUUGGAGGUAGAAUCACUGAUGAAAAAGACUUUGAGCUAAUCCAAGCAUUUGGCGCUGAGUGGAUUGAUGAGCGUAUUAUGAGCACCAGUUUCUCCUUUAAUUCAGGCCCCAGCACUGGUGAUAACUCUUACAAAGUGAUUGACUCCACUGAAAUUUCUAGAUACAGAGAUCAAAUCAGCAUGCUUCCAGCCUUUGAAAGCCCAUCCCUGUUCUUUUUGAACCAAAACGCAGAUAUCACAUUUAGGAGAAGAGAAGGCAACGAGGUCUUAGCCACAAUCCAGAUGACGCAGCCUAAAGAAAGUGACGCUUCAAGUGGCAAAUCUAGAGAUGAUAUUGUGCAUGAGUAUGUAUUGGAGUAUCUUUCUAAACUGCCUGCAGACUAUAUAGAAGCUGACGUCAGAGAUAUGGUCAGAAGACUUACAGGGCCAAAAGGGCUUGAUAAAGAGAAAAACGGAUUCAAGAUCCCACUUAACAUUUUCUUGUUCCAAGAAAUUAUGAGGCUUCAAAACGUCAUCGGAAUCGUAAGGAGGACUCUUAAUGACUUAAUUGAAGUCAGAGCUGGUAAUAUUAUCUUGACCCCUGAACUCCAAGAAGCAGCUGACGCCAUCUAUGACUCCAGAGUGCCAAAGCAGUGGCAGUACGACGCCAACGCAAGUGAAAUUUCAUGGCUCGACUCCACUUUAGGCUCUUGGGUCAGUGGCCUCCAAGACAGAAACUCCCAACUUGGAAACUGGUUGAAAGACGGCAGACCUCCAAUUUACAACCUUGGUUUCUUCUUCAACCCUCAAGGCUUCUUAACAGCAGUCAAACAAGAAGUCACCCGACAAAUGAAGAGCGAAAACUGGGCUCUCGACGACGUCGAAGAAAGGACAGAAGUCAGAGAUAAAUCAGAAAGGCCUAAAGAUAUCCCUGAAAAAGGAGUCCUGAUUAAAGGGCUCUUCUUGGAAGGAGCUAGGUGGAAUAACAACAAGGAUGGAGGAAGACUAGAAGAAUUGACUGGAAAAGACACUUAUGUGGAUAUGCCAAAUAUUUAUGUGGGAGCUAGAGUUAAGGAUAAACAGACUAAGGGAGGAAAAGACUAUGAAGAUUUCGGUAUGUACAGCUGUCCUUGUUAUAAGUAUAAGCAACGAACGGAUAAAUAUUUCAUUUUCAAUGUCAAGCUGAGAUGCGAUAGUCCACAGCAAAACUUGUGGAAACUGAGAGGUGUUGCACUGCUGUGCCAGAAGCCAGUUUGGUAA